GCACUAAGGGUUAUCCUGUACAUAGCAAAAGAAAAAGUGGAAUGGUAUAAUGCCCAUAAUUUACAUAACUUAGUGCUCAGUGCACUCUAUACACCUAUUCUGGAUUACAUAACAAGAACUCAAGGACAGUCUAGUGCCCAAAGACAGAAAGAUUCAGACACAACGCAAACAAUCCAAAGUAAAGAAUUGAAGCCUAUAACAGUUUAUUUCGGUUAA